ACAGAGAGUUUGCGCAGAUAUAUAUACGAGGACUAGAAACACUCUGUGCUGUACGAGACUUAGAAAUCGAGGAACAGCGGAAGGUUCCUGUCCUCCUGUGGCUGAGGGCGUAAGCACCGACCGGACGGCCGACCUCAAAGCCCUUUACACCUUCUUCUACUCCAAGGGUUUUGUGCGGUCUUUCUGGUUGAAGAUUAGUUAUUGGGGUUUGGGAAGUCUGUAAGAGUUUGGACUGACGGCUAGAGUUAUACACACACACACACACACCAGGGUUUCAAAGAUGAGUGACAAUCUGAUGGAGAAAGUUAGUGCGUUCGGUGAGCGCUUGAGAAUAGGUGGAGCCGAGGUUGGUCGGAAGGUGACUGCUGGUGUCAGCUCAAUGAGCGACAAGAUGAAGGAGCUAUUCCAAGGGCCAAAUCAGGCUGAUAAGAUUGUUGAGGAAGCGACAGCUGAAACACUGGACGAGCCUGAUUGGGCCACCAAUCUUGAAAUUUGUGACCUGAUCAAUCAUGAUAAGAUCAACAGCGUUGAACUGAUCCGUGGGAUAAAGAAACGGAUCGUGUUAAAGAGCCCUAGAAUUCAGUUCUUGUCUCUGAUGUUGCUUGAAACUGUUGUUAAGAAUUGUGAGAAGGCAUUCUCGGAGGUAGCAGCUGAGAGGGUGCUUGACGAGAUGGUGAAGUUGAUUGAUGAUCCUCAGACUGUUGUUAACAACCGGAACAAGGCUCUGACGAUGAUUGAAGCUUGGGGGGAAUCUUCUACUGAGCUCCGCUAUUUGCCUGUUUAUGAGGAGACAUACAAGAGUUUGAGAUCAAGGGGCAUAAGGUUUCCUGGCCGUGAUAAUGAGAGUUUGGUUCCUAUAUUUACUCCUCCUCGUUCAGUCUCAGCUUCAGAAUCCAAUGCUAGUGUUCCCCAACAAACUUAUCGUGAAAUUCCUAUCCAAACUUUUUCGGCUGAGCAAACAAAGGAAGCAUUUGAGGUGGCUCGUAACAGUAUUGAUCUUCUUACAACAGUUUUGUCCUCGUCACCCCAACAAGAUGCUUUAAAGGAUGAGUUGACGACAACGCUAGCAGACCAGUGUCGUCAUGCCCAGUAUGCUGUGCAGAGAAUCAUCGAAAGUGCCGGGGACGAGGCCCUGCUUUUCGAGGCCUUGAAUGUGAAUGAUGAAAUCCAAAAGGUCCUAUCCAAAUAUGAAGAUCUGAAUAAGCCUCCUGUUGUUUCAGAGGAAUUAGAACCUGCUAUGAUUCCAGUCGCUGUUGAGCCUGAUGAUUCCCCCCGUGUUGGGAAAGAAGAUGCCCUUGUCAGAAAACCGUCUGGCUCUCGAGCUGGUGCUCAGGGAGGUAACAAUGAUGAAAUGAUGGAGGAUCUUGAUGAGAUGAUCUUCGGCAGAAAAUCUGGUGGCACGUCUGAAGCAGGACAACAGGACCCAAAGAAGCAGCAACCGCCUAAAGAUGACCUGAUCUCAUUUUGAGCUUUCUGUCUUUUCGAAGAAGCUGCUGCACCCAUUUGGUCGGACCGAGCCUCAGAUGCUUCUGUUGCCAGACUAUUUUUAGGUGUUGGAAACUUCUUAAUUUGAUGCUUGAAAGUCUGUUUGUUAACAUCAUAAACAGGAGGACUGAUUCCUUUUCUCUUUCAUACCUUUUUUUUUUUGCGGUUUCCCCCCUUUGUUCAUGCACAUUAUGUAAGUAGUGAUGUGUCCGGAGUUUGGCUUUAGAUAAUUAAUUGCUCGUGCCUGGAGGAGCUCUAUACAGAAUGGGUAUUAUGAAACUUCAUACUGAUUGAUGUUCGUGUGGUAUAUUUAUUAUAUUGUCAUGUUAAUUUUGCUUGUCUA